GUGGGCCGAAUGACUGUCUUACUUUAGAGGCUGCUGCCCAGGACGGCAGCCACGCCUGGUCCAUGUGUCCGGGGGCUGCUGCUUGCAGUGGGCGGUUCCCUAAGCUCCGCUCCGCCUCCUCUGGUCCAGCUCCAUCUCCUCCCCCUUCCACCUCCAUCACCUGCUCCUCCUCCGCGCUCCCGGUCUGAAGCAUCCCCACUGCAGCAGCGGAGCUGAGCAGCAGCGCAGCUGAGCAGCAGCGCCGGGGCGGCCGGAUGCGGAGCGCGCCGGCGGCGGCGGCGGCGGCAGCGGGGAGGGAUGCGAGCAGCCCCAGCAGAGUCUUCAGCAGCCGUCGCCGCCUCCGGCCCCGGCUGGGCUUGACCGGCCCUUUGCAAGCUCAGGACAGAGAAAACGAGGGGCCGGGGGGAAGGGGCGGGGGGGCGAAGGAAAGUGCGUAGCGUGUCGGUCUUUGGGAGGCGGAGGGGCACACUUGCACUAGGGCGUGGAAGGAGAGGCGGGGAAAGGCAGUUGCCUUCGGACCUCCCCGGACGGACGCGCUCCUGGACUCCUCCAACAUGUACUUGCGCAGAGUUGGGACUGGUCCCCGCGGGAACACGCGGGCCGUCUCCCCGGCUGGGGGGUGUGAGAGCGCGCGUCCGGGGAUGGAGAUGGAGACAUAGAAUGGGCGCACCGCUGGACCCCCGCAGCCCGAGCCCAGCAACGCCCAGGCGGCCCCGGUGACUUGCGGAAGCCCUGUGGCUGAAGCCGCCGAGCGGGGCGGGCGGGUGGCGGGUGGGCACGUUUGCCCGGCAGCCCUCCGGUCUUCCUGCACCCUCUCCUUGUGUGGCUCUUCCUGCACUUUCCAUCCGGCCCCACUUCCCACGAGAGGAACGUCAUGUCCAAGGCUGCCGGGGGCGCGGCGGCGGCGCCAGCGGGGGCGGAAAGUUGCUCUAGUCCCGCCGCCUCGGCCGUGGUCGAGGACCUGUCCAAAGUGUCAGACGAGGAGCUGCUCCAGUGGAGCAAGGAAGAGCUGAUCCGCAGCCUCCGCCGCGCCGAGGCGGAGAAGGUGAGCGCGAUGCUGGACCACAGCAAUCUCAUCCGAGAGGUGAACCGCCGCCUGCAGCUACACCUCGGCGAGAUUCGCGGCCUCAAGGACAUUAACCAGAAGCUUCAAGAGGACAACCAAGAGUUGAGAGACCUUUGUUGUUUCCUGGAUGAUGACCGGCAGAAGGGGAAAAAGGUGUCCCGUGAGUGGCAGAGACUGGGCAGAUAUACGGCCGGGGUGAUGCACAAGGAAGUGGCCUUGUAUCUGCAGAAACUGAAGGAGCUCGAAGUGAAGCAGGAGGAGGUUGUCAAGGAGAACAUGGAGCUCAAGGAGCUCUGCGUGAUGCUGGACGAGGAGAAGGGCGGCUGCGCGGGCAGCCGCAGCUCCAUCGACAGCCAGAUCAGCUUGUGCCAGCUGGCGGCCUCCGCGGCCCCCUACGUGCGGGACGUGGGGGACGGCAGCAGCACCUCCAGCACGGGGAGCACCGACAGCCCCGACCACCACAAGCACCACGCCGGCGGCAGCCCCGAGCAUCUGCAGAAGCCCAGGGCCGAGGGCAGCCCCGAGCACGCCAAGCACAGGAGCGGCAGCCCCGAACACCUGCCCAAAGCCAGGGUUUCUGGCAGCCCGGACCACCAGAAACAGCUCAAGGGACCCAGUCCGGAGCCCCACAAAGCCAUCAAGGGCGGCCCCGAGCAGCAGAGGCAGCCCGGCGGGAGCCCGGAGACCCUGCCGAAGCACGUCAUCAGCAGCAGCCCCGAACACUUUCAGAAGCACAGGCCCGGCGGGAGCCCCGAGCACCCCAAGCACGGCGGCGGGAGCCCCGAGCCCCUGCAGAAGCACGUUCUCAGCGGGAGCAUGGAGCACCUGCCCAGGGCCCGGGGGACCAGCCCCGAGCACCUCAAGCAGCACUACGGAGGGAGCCCCGAGCAUCACAAGCACCUGGGCGCGGGAGGCAGCAGGGAAGGCACCCUCCGGAGGCAGGCGCCCGACGACCUCUCCCCGCAUCACAGGAGUGUGUACAGUGGAAUGAAUGAAUCAACCUUGUCCUAUGUUAGGCAGCUGGAGGCAAGAGUAAGACAGCUGGAGGAGGAGAAUCGCAUGCUGCCCCAGGAAACCCAGAAUAGAAGGCAACCUCCAACUAGAAACAGCUCAAAUAUGGACAAAAGCUGGGGGUCCAGAGCCCGGCAGGUCUGGCUGUGGUGGCAGGGGUGCCGAGGAAUAGGAAGAUGCCUGCCCACUUUCCCGGGUCCUUUUAGGUUGCCAUCAGGGGCUGAUGGGAAUAACAGUUCACCCACCUCUCCAACUAGCUUCAGCGAACAUACCACACCUUCUCAGCAGCCUGAACCAGUGGUACAUACUCUUAAGGUCUUGGAUGUUCAGGAAAAUAUAGAUCGUCAACAGGGUAAAGAGUAUGACCAUGACCUUAGUGAGACAGAAAAAGCUAUAGUCAGAGAAAUGUGCAAUGUUGUGUGGCGGAAACUUGGAGAUGCUGCAGGUUCUUGUCCUGGAAUUAGACAACAUCUGUCUGGGAACCAGUACAAAGGACCCAUGUGAGAAGCACUUCUCAAUACAAGAUUAGCCUUGAUGGUGGGAAAGAAAAAAGACAUGAUUUCUACUCAUCUGGACUCAGGGGGUUGAUGAUAGGGUAGUUGAAUACCACAUCUAUGCCCCCCAGCCUACUGGUUUUUGUGUUUCUUGCUUCACUAUAGUCAAGUGCAAUCUCUGAAUCAUGAUAUCACUAAUUUGUUAUCCUACACAUUCUUCGAGAUCUUAAGACAAUUUGGAGUUUUUCACGAAUUGGAGAUGUUCUGGUAGAGCUCUAGUGAUUUUUGACUGAGAUGACAUAGUGGGAACUUCCUACCAUGUUAUGUAAAAGCUAAGAAAUGGUGCUUUCCAGCUUCCAAAGUUUGGAAAGUAAUUUAUCAAUUGUAUUUGAGUGUAUACAAUGCUAGUAGCUGGUGUUUAAUUUGAAAGCAAUUUGAAAGAUUUUUUCCCCCAAAAUCAUUCAGUAUUUGUAUUGAGGUGCUAAAAUUAUCUCAUAAAUUCCUUUUUCCUGUGAGGCAAAAUCCCUGACAAAACUUGUCACAAAAUAAUUUCUGGCCCAUUGGGCAAGUAAUACAUUGUUGCUCCUCCAUUUUGAUAACACAAUUUGGAGGUCACCUAUCUCUUGGCCCACUCCCCCAUUAGCAUUAAUAUCGACAAUUUGCAAGUUAAACUUUCAUGAGCUUACUUGAAGGGUUUCCACCUGUGAGAAAUGUUAAUUUUGACAAUUUUGUUUCUAGACAAGCAGUUAUAUUUAAGAUUCUAAGUAGACUUUAAAAGAUUGCACUGCAUUUUUGGAAAAAAAAAAGCUUUCCUUGUCUACUGCAGCUUUCUUUAAAAGAAUUGUUUGAUGAUACUCAACGCAUGUCUUUUAUUAUUUUGAAGCUAAAAACUCUUGUUCAUAUUGCUUGAAGGUUGACCAAGAGACAUGCUCGCUAUGCUUAGUUUAUUUCAUUUAUUAUUUGGGGGGAGGGGGAAAAUAUGUAUAACAUUAGACUGUGUGUAAUGGAAAUGCUAUGAUAGGUAUUUUGUGUUUAUCCAAAUGCAAUGAGUUUCUUGUAUGAAUAUGCAAGAAGCCUGUGACAGAAUGCUAUUGCUUAAGUUUUUAACUAGCUUAGAAUAAAAGAGAUAGGAAUGCAACAAUUGUCAGUUUUCAACUUGUUCUCAAUUACUAAGGAUUUGCUUCACAGCAAAUAUUUUCUCUUUUUUGUGAACUUGUUACAUGUUGUAUUUAAUUGACCAUUUGAUAGUAUAAUGUAAGAAAUUGAUGUACACUUAAAAAAUAAUUAUGGUACUGUGAUGUAGAAUCAGCUUACUGUUGUCUGAAAAUCCUUGUAUAUUAUUUUACCAGACUUUUCUCUCUAAUUAUCUUUAUUUGGUUAGAUUUUAAACCUGUAUUCCUUUUGAGAUAUUAUAUUUUACAAUUGUUAUUCUCUGUUAAGAAAAAACCUGCUUGCUAUAUUUACAUUUUCACAAAGUUUUCAUCUAUAAACUUAAAUUGUUGUAUUCCUAUACAAUAUAAAACAUUUAAAACAAGUUUUUGUGCCUGCAAUAGGUCCUGCAGUAGCUAUUCAAGGGACAUUAGUCUUUUGACAAAAUACUUGUGUAAAUUUUAUACUGUAUUAAAACUAUUUUUUUAAAGUUCUGCAUAAAAUUGAGUAUCAAGUAUAUGUGUUCAUCUUAGCAAUGGUAAUAAAUUAUUUAAUCUCA